GUCACAAAGCCCGACAGGCUUGCCCGCAGAAUCAGCCGAGCUUCCCUGUUGAUGUGCCCUCUUGCUCCUUUCUGCUCGGGCACCAGGGACUUCUCACCCACAUGCUGUAGCAGACACUUACCUCGGGUCUGCGCCGGUUUACAACUCCAGGAACCGCCAGUCUGUGAGAGUUCCUGUUAUCCAACUUCAACGCUAGGGUUAAGUGCGCCGGCCUUUAUCCAUUAGAAAGCCUACGAUGGCUACAGAGGCGAAGACCCCGUUGGCUGAACAUCCACUGAUGAGUCCAAGGGCUCAGCUGAAGCCUGAAAAGAAGUUAGGGCACAGCCCAAGGAGCCACGGGCACGGCGGACCACGGAAAGAACUGAUGAUCCCAGGGAUCGUGGAUUUCCAGCUGAUCCAAGCGGCGCUGAGGACCCCCAAGCCCCAAAGCCCGGGGGCCUACCGCUUUGGCCGCCUCAGCCACCACUCCUUCUUCUCCCGGCACCACCCCCACCCACAACACGUGACCCACAUCCAAGAUUUCACCGGGAAGCCCGUCUGUGUCGUCAGAGACAAGUUCUCUCUGGCCCCCUUGCCUCAAGCCACACUCUUAUCCCGCUGUCUGAUGGCGAUGCCCACCAUCCCUGUCCCCAUCGGAGACCCGCGGUCCAAUCGGGACCCCUGGCUUCCUUACGAGGCCUGGAAGAGGGAACUGAAGAACCUGGCUUCUCGGGUGGCCGUCUUCACCGAAAACGAGCUGCAGAGCAAAGAGGAGGAACAGAAGGAGGAGCCUCCGCGGGAGCAGGGAGCAAAAUACUCAGCUGAGACCGGCAGGCUCAUCCCCAGUGGCACCAGAGCCACUGGCCACCGUCACUCCCGCCAGGACCCACGGAUUUAUCCCUCUGGUAAAGAUGGAGGAGUCCAGACCUUCAAGCUGCCGGAUCAGGAGCUGCUGAUCCUGGAGCUCCUCUGCCAAAUCCUGCAGACAGACUCCUUGAGCGCUAUCCAGUUCUGGCUACUAUACGCUCCCCCGAAGGAGAAAGAUUUGGCCCUGGGGCUCCUGCAGACAGCGGUGGCGCAGCUCCUUCCUCAGCCCCUAGACUCCAUCCCAGUAGAAAAACUUCUGGAUCAGCUCCAGGAAGGCCAAGAGCCAUCUCAAGAGAGGAAACAGCCACCCUGCAGCCAAUCCUUGAAGAAGACGAAGACACCGCCUCUACCCAAAGGCGACAAACCGGAGUAUGUCGGGAAAGCCCAAGUCCUCCGAAUGCACUCAAGCCAGAACGCAGCAGAGAAACCGUCAAAGCCAGAGGCAGAAUGCUGAGGAGUCCGAGCCACUUUGCCCGCCCUGCUCAAGAGCAGCCCCCAGGUUCAAGGUUGUUCCCAGCCCUACGGCCUCAACAGCAACCCCGACUUUCCUAUCACAGGGAGCCUAUUAAAAACCUGCCUUCCCG